AUGCAAUCAAAGAUCAGAGAGUCUCUAGGAGUCUCAAAGAAGUCAUCGCCAUCGAUCUCUAAUAACAAGGAGAACGCACCGCCUCCAGUGGCGUCGUCGGAGGCUCCAGUCACUGCUCCACCAUCAUCCAGUCAGAAGACGUCGACAACUGCUUCUAACUUUGUCAGUCCCACUCGUCAACUCCUUCACGAAUCAACGAUGGCAGUCGACUCGAUUGUGCAGAAGCUGAAAAAGACGUAUACGAUGUCUGGAAUGGGAGCAGAACUCAAAGAAACGAUUGGAAACUUGAUCAUUGAAUCCCGUGGACUCCGUGACUUCCUCCAUCAGAAGUUGAUCCUUUUCAAGGGAAUCGAUAUGACGAUGUGGAAGAAUGAUUCGGUGGAUCAGUUGGUCGAGAAACUCGCACAAUAUCUUCAGGAUAAUUUGAUUCUUGAAGAGCAGAUUAAGAAGUAUAAGAAGGAGUUGAAACUCACGAAAGAUGUCAUUCCGAAUCUCGGCGCCGACGUGCAGGAGCGAAUCAAACGUGAAAUUGGUGGAAUCGCGUCGGAUAUGGGCGCAGUGAAGGCUCUCCGCAAUAAGAAAUGA